GGUCACUUAAGAUUCGUUCAAAGGGCGUCCUUAAAUUAGAGUCUCGCCGAAAAAUCCCCAAGUGCUGAGUUACGUGGGCACCAAAAACGUUCUCAAUUCCAGAACAAAUUGCUCGUUGGCUGACUAUCGAAUAUCCUCCAACUCACAAACAAGUGGAAUUUAUUACCCCAACACGUGAUUGAAGCUCCAUCUGUUAGCACUCUUAAGAUAGUUGGAUCGACUGGGAAACUGCCGUUGCCAGAACCAAGACAGGCUACCUAGUCUUCGGAAUUUAAAAGUGACUUCGCACAUUUUACGGGUUUUACUGGAAUUUAAUUCAGUCAUCCAAUGUGGUUUCCCAAUAUUAACGUCAUUAAUGCUUACGGCGCAUAAUGUUGGUCAAUCUAUUUCACUUGGCAGUGAUUGUAGGGAUCUUCCAGUAACAUAACUAAUGCAUGCAAAUCUUUCUGUUUACAUCUGAGUUAUAAUAAAAGUAAACUCACUAUAGUGUUUCAAAAGGCAGUCUGCUCUGUCUAUCUGACUAUUCUUGUUACAAGCUUGAAACCAUCGAUUUGACUGCGACGGAACUUGGUCCCAGAUGAUUUAAACGGUUUUUUGGGAGUUGAGGACAUUUGACCAUGGUAAUCUGAAUAUUUCAGUAGACAUAUAGUAUGACAGAAUCGAAAGGCAAUAUCAAAUCUUUAUCCAACAUCAUUUCCGUUUCUAAUCGAAUGUAAUAACUAGUCAGUUUAAUAUUUAUUUUAUUUUCGGCGUAAUAUUUUAUUCAGUGUUAUAUUGAUUUUAAAGAGAGCAAGUACUUGUAAUCAGUAUGUCAAUAUGUGUAAUAACGUUGAUUGGUUGAGGUUAGGCAUUACAAACGGUUGGAUGCUGGCUCAUUGGUCUAGUAGGUUAAGUGUUUGCGCGCGAAACUGAAGGCUCUGGGUUCGAAUUGCGCGGGGUGCGGGAUCGUGACUGCGCAUUGCCGUGGAGUUCCACAAUAGGAAAAAACGACCGUCCAGUGCUUCCAGGUUUUCAAUAGUGGUUUAACAUAAAUCGGUUCAAGAUCUUAAUCAAUAUUAUAGGUUAUAAGCAGCUGAUAAGAACCUAACGAAAUCAAAUCAAUUCAUAUUAUUCUGUACCAAUCUUCAUUCUUUCUCUCGUUAACAUAAUAAAGGGAACUCUAUGUAUGAUAAUAUUGAUUUAUUUGGAUGUGAUGUUCAUUGAAGAUACGAUAUUCUUAGAAUAAAAUGAUCGUAAACUAUGUUUAACAUAAUAAACAGCAUGUGGUUGUGUUGUAGCUUUGGAUUAUUUUUCCUAGAUGUGGUUUUAUUUCAAUUAAUUAAAAUUUUAUAAAUAACUGUAGUAAUAAACUCUAUAGUAUGUAUUGUACAAACGACUAAGAAAAAGUAAAUUUGGAAUCAUGAUAAUAGAUUUGAAUCGAAGGAAUAAAUGUAUGCAAUUCUAACUAACUUAAGGCUUUGCUCUUGUAAUUGUACAUUUACUAAUCAGUUCUCGUCAGUUAAACUGGGAUUAGUAACUCUUUACUUUAACCUUUUUUUUCCUUGUUAGAAUCUGAGAGAGAUUUGGAGUAUGAUUGUGGGAUCAAACGGAUUUAGAAUGGUUCGAAGCUCCUGUAGUUCGUCGCGUACUCUUGACAUUUUAAGGGUUGCAUUUGAUUUUGCCGAUCAGGUGUUUAAUUUUCGAUCAAAAUUGUUAAAAAAUCCAGUUAUGUAUAAAGUAAUCCUCAUAAUUGGAUUGGUUAUCAAUAUUAUUACGAUAUAUUAUGGUGGAGUGAUUUAAUUUCUAAACAUUUUCCAUAAUCACCCAUUUGAAUAGGAACUUCUGUGGUGACUAGUUUUUUUCUUUUCAUUUUAACAGAUAAUAUAUGCUAUGGAUUAACUUCAGUUGG